GUCACUUCCUGUUGACGUGAGACGAAGACAAAACAACAUCCAGCGCGCGGUCUACUCUUGUCUCUCAGCGUUUUCCAUUUCAUUUAAUAAUUUUGAGGAAUUCCGGAGAGGCUUUUGUAGUUCUCAAGUCCUAAAGUCUGUUCGUAUUAACAUGUUGUCAGACUUAAUUUUGUUCGGAACGUUGCUUGUGAAUGCAGGAGCAGUUCUCAAUUUCCGCUUGAAAAAACCACGGGAUGAACCAGCAUUUGGAGUGGCUUCAGAGACUGUCACAUCAGGUGACAAAGUCAGAGAGUUCCUUUUGAGUUUAAGGCACAUGCGCAUCUUCAUUGCACUAUGGAACAUUUUUGUCAUGAUUCUGAUGUUAUUGUUUUUUGGCCAUUGACGAUGGAGGGGAAAAAGGCUGUGUGAGUAGCAUGGGUACGAUGGGUCAAAUUGCAACAGAGGCAUGAACAUGCCAACGAUUAAUCACCUGCUUCCUGACCUGUGUGCUGCUGCGUCAUGUUUGUGUAACUUAUUUCAGUUAGCAUCAAUGGGCAAGAUGCAAGCCUUUUGAUGCUACCUUAGCCACCGUCUAAAGAUGCUGUUCACUAAACUGGAUCACUGCUGUAGGAAAAAUCAUCUGUGAACAAAGAUGAUGCAUGAUGAUAGGUGCUGAAGUAGCACCAUGCGUCACAUUUGAGGGUGAUAUAUGCAUUUUGGGACACAUUUACUACAUUUGGAUCAUGAUGGCUGCUUGAGUAACUUUUUGGAGUGAAGGAACAUCAUAACAUUUUUUUUUUGUAACUACAGAUUCACUUAGUGUCUUGCAAACCAUAGGGUGCUGCUGUUUAUGCACAUAGAAGAGGGGGACCUUGAAGCAAGAGUUGGUCUGUCUACCUUGAGCUAAUGCUGUUCCACAUUCAGGUUUUUUUUUUUUGAUAGUUCAUUCUUGCCACCAAAACACUGCAGUUUUAAAAAUCUCUACCAGUUUUGCAUGACACAUUUGAGAGCACGCUCUGCAUUUGAGGUGAUGAAAACACUAAUGCAGAAAAGUUAGAGCUACAACCACCUCUACAUUCUCAUAACUUUUUUCUGGAUGCCUUUAUUGUCAUCCACUAAUACUAAAGUUGGAGCUGAUUUGGUAAAAGCCUUUAUUCUUUAACAUAGAGCUGUCUUCUGUCAAAACUAUAAAUUCUGUCUUAUAAGAAAGAGUAGACACUUUAAGUAGACUGCUAAGUCUAAUGAUAAGAUCUGGAACAAAGAAUUUUGCAAUGUUGUCUCGAUAUUUGUAGUGUGAGAGAGUGUGUGCAUGUAUACAUUUGCCUGUGCAUUAAUGAAUGUAGAAUUUGCUUAGCCACAAAGAUUUAUGCUUAUUAAGAAUAGGUUGACAUUAUUAUUUUAUAAAAUCACUGUGCAGGUAAUAUUUCAGCGUCAAAUCUUCAGUUUAUACAAUUUUGAUCUUAUAAUGUUCAACUUAAGUUGAGUUUGAAUUUAACAGUGUGUAUAUAUUACAAAUACUGAAACUGUAAACUUUUUGUAUUGUGUUUAAAUAAGAACAAACAUGUAUACUAACAUGAACUGCUAUGUGAAAAUAAAUGUGAUUAUGUUUUGUAAAAUGUUGACUUUUGGUACCUGUUUAUCUACUUUCACUUCAUUGAAUAAACAGUGGGAUCUACAUAUCAAGUGAAAUAAAGUGGGAUGCACGUCAAUUGUCA